GAGGGAGCUGCUGGAUUAGCUCGCUAACUAGGAAAGAAAGAAAACAUCACCAGCCCAAGCACUAAUUUACUGUUGGUACCAAUGUACAGAGUCACAAUGGGACGACCAAAGAGGACGACCAAACAACGUAAAAACCCCAAGUUGGACAAAUUGGAGGCUUUUCUCGAAGAUUUCGACAGUGAGGUGAAAACCGUAGUUCAAAGGCUGAAGGAGAGGACAAACAGCCUCCUGAAAGAUGCAGACAACUUCUACAACAUGGCUGUGAUCAAGCUGCCAAAGGCAGUGAGACAGAUGGACUGGCUUGAGCAUUGUGGGUCAGAGAAACCAAAGUCACCCGUGUCACCAGUGGAGGAUGCCAAGAAAGUAGAGGAGGCUGCCCAAGUAGAGAGCAUCAUGGCUGAAGUCCAUACUUUUGCCCCCAAGACCGCAAAAAAAGCAAAGUCGAAAAGUGGUGGAGCCAGGAUAAGUUCAGAGGAUGAGAACACUAUUAUGGCCAGAGGGCAGAAGGGUAAAUCAACUAGGAAACCUCCAACAUCAAAGAGGGCCAAAGCACUGUCAGUCAGCAAGCAGAACACCUCCAUCAAAAAGACCAGUAGGAAGCCCCUGGUCACUCCUGCCAGGAACAUGCUGGACAGUUCCCUCAUGGGCCCUACCCCUCUCAUCACACCUCGCUUCGACUCCCGGCUUCCCAAGACCCCAGCUGUGAGAAUACCCCGCCACAAGGAGAGGGUGUACAGCAUCUCGGUCAACGGCUCCCCCAUCUCAGAAGGCAGUAAUGAUAUCAUCAUCAAUGUCCCUGUGGGGAACGGAGAGUGCAUUCAGCUGCUGGCCAGUCAGAUGGACACUGUGGACCUGGGCCAGCUGGACGAGACGGCCAUAAGGAGCAUUCGUCUUCUACAGAACCGUCUCACAACAUUGUGUGGAACAUCCGAGUGACCUCUGCACCUUCAGUCCCAGCAUUUUUCUCCCCUAUUUCGAUCUAGUCUCAUCGCUGCAACUCCCCAACGGGCUCGGGAGAGGCGAAGGUCGAGUCAUGCGUCCUCCGAAACAUGACCCGC